AUGAACUCGAUCGACCCCGGCUCCGUGCCGCCACUCAGCUCGGUACAGCCACAGCGUUCUCGCAGCGCCUCCAGCACAGCACAUACCUCCCACGAUGCAGGGUCCGUCACCGUGGACUCGUCCUCGCAGCACGUGUCUAACAAUGGACUCUCAAAUAGAAAAGCGACUGGCAAGAUAUCACGCUCAGACAAGGACAGCGAUGCAAAGAGACCAACAUCUAACACGAUCGAUCCUUCGUCACAGAAGCGCAGGAAGAGUCGUGCCCCCGACACCUACCCGCUGUUUGACGGCGACAAGCCAUGGUCGCAACGUUCGUGGGCGUACGAGCUGAUGCCCUUCCGCGGCAUGUGGUACGAUCUCCGACGACGCAAACCGUACCUCCUCAGCGACUGGGUGGAAGGCUUCGAGCCCCGCAAUUGGUGGACCGUCGCCAACAGUGUCGUCCGCAUGUACUUCAUCAACCUCAUGCCUGCCAUCGCCUACGUCCUCGACAUGAACUACCGCACGGGCGGCUCGUACGGCGUCAACGAGGUCAUCCUCGCCUCCGCCCUCGCUGCUAUCGUGUUCGCCAUCUUCUCCGUCCAGCCGUUGACGUUUGUCGGCGUCACUGGUCUCAUCAACCUCGUCAACUACACACAGUACAACAUCUUUGUCGGCUACUACGGCUUUGACCGUCUCGACUACCUGCGCAUCCAGGCGUGGUCCUUGAUCUGGGCUGCCGGCUUUCAUUUCGUUGUCGCCAUCUUCAACGUGUGCGAUUUUACUCGGUUCAUCACCGACAUGACUUCCGAGACAUUCGGCUUCUACGUGGGCAUCAUCUACAUCCAAAAGGGCAUCGAAUUGCUCAUCGAAGAGUUUGAACCCCUUCCGCUCGACAAUGCGACCGGCUGGCUCUCGGUCACCAUCGCCAUCCUAUUCACCAUCUCCGUCUACCUCGUCGCCAAGGUAGGCAACACCACCUACCUCCCCUUCAAGAUGCGCAACUUUGUUGCCGGCUACGCCUUUGCAGCGGGCUGCAUCUUUUGGACGGGCUUCAGUCAUUUCCCCAAGAACUCGCUCGCUUUGGUGCCAGUGGAGCGCGUGCCCAUCACCCGCGCCUUCUAUCCUACCCUGGACCGAUCCUGGUUCAUCGACUUCUGGAACAUCGAGCUCAAGUACGUCUUUGUCGGUGCACCGUUGGGUUUCCUCAUCAUGUUGCUCUUCUACUUCGAUCACAACGUGUCGAGCGUCAUGGCGCAAGCGCGCAACUAUCCUGUUCGAAAACCCGCCGGUUUCCAUUGGGACUUCUUUCUGCUUGGCAUUACGACAUUGGUCUCUGGCUUCCUCGGACUGCCCGCUCCGAACGGUCUCGUACCCCAAGCACCGGUGCAUACGGAAACCCUCUCGGUGUACAAACAGGUCGAAAAGCCGGAUGAAACCAAACGCAUCGCUCGCGAGGCCCGACGCGGCGCCCGAACACGCACCGUGAAACAGCAACACAUUGUCAACGUUCGCGUGGUCGAGAAUCGUCUCUCGCACCUCAUCAUCGGCCUUCUCACCCUUGGCACCAUGACGCGUCCACUCCUCGUUGUCCUCGGCACGAUGCCCCGAGCCGUCUUCGCGGGAAUUUUCAUCCUCGUAGGCUGGGCAUCCAUCGAGCGCAACGCUAUCACUCUUCGCACGCUCGCCAUCUUUCGCGAUCGACGCCUCUCUCCCCCCGACGAACCGCUCAACUCCAUCCGGCGGAGUAAGAUCGCGCUGUUCGUGGGAAUUCAGUGGCUGUUCGCGGCGAUGUGCAUUGCCAUCUCCGCUACGAUUGCCGGUAUCGGCUUCCCGGUGAUCAUCACGCUGCUGAUACCGGUGCGGUACUGGGUUGUGCCGAGGUGGUUCAGCCCGUUGGAGUUGAAGAUUCUGGAUGCGCCGACGGCCGAUGCGGAUGGCGUACUGGCGAGUCUCGGGCAUGAGCCGGAGCGCGUUACGGGGAGAGGAGUGGAGAUCGCACUGGAUACGAAGAUCGCUGGGGAGCUCUACAGUAAGAAGUCGCUGCUCGACGAGUCGGAUGACGAGGAGGAAGGGGGUGGAUUGGGCCGGGAGAAGUCCGCAUCGCAAUUUCGGGAUGACUACGCUACACAACACCGCUCGGAUGAAGAGGCGCAGGUCCGCGGUGAGGGUAGCACAGACAAGACAGCUGCGAGUUCCAGAGAAGAAGGAGUGGAUGCGACGCCGAGGGAGGCGGUGAGGACGGUCGCUGGUGUGGGCGGCCAUCAAACCGCCGAUCCGGAACGUCACGUCGAGCCAGCUUCGGGCGCCGGCGUGAUCGCUUCUGGUCUGGGCUCCGGCGUUGCGGUCGCUGCGGAGAAUGAUAGACUAGAAGAAGCGGAGGAGAAGGCGGAAGCUCAGGACGAAGAAGAGGAAGAGAAGGUCGCAGCGCCUGCCAUUGCGGGCGCUUCAACGAUGCCAUCCGAGAAGGUGGCGGCGGUCUCAGAGCCAACAAAGGAGGCGACAUCGUCAGAGCCAACGAAGGAGACACCGAAGCCAGUCGCCUCGCAGUCGGUCGAGCCAGAGGUCUCUAAACCCGCUGCAUCGAGUACGGUAACAGAGUCCACGAAGGAGACGCCGAAGUCGCACUUUGUGGAGCAGGUCUCUGAGCCGGUAGCACCGAGUGCAGGGACCGCGCUCAAAUCGCCCAAGAAGCGACGCUACGUUACAGUCGAGAACCCGCCACGGGGCGCCGGCACCGCACCGCCGCCCGUGCAGUGGAGGCAGGGCGAGGCGUCACAGCAUUAG